CCUUCUCAAAAUCAGAGUGAAUGGCCUGGAAUAAUCAGUCAGUUGUAACUGAAUUCAUCCUAUGGGGUCUCUCCAGUUCUUGGAAAGUCCAGGUCUUCUAUUUCCUGUUUUUCUCUGGGGUCUAUGCAGCCACUGUACUGGGGAACCUCUUCAUUGUUCUCACCAUCGUGUCAGAGCCACGCCUUCACUCCCCCAUGUACUUCCUGCUGGGCAAUCUCUCCUGCAUUGACAUGUCUCUGGCCUCCUUUGCCACCCCCAAAAUGAUUGCAGAUUUCCUCAGUGAGCACAAAGCCAUCUCGUUUGAAGGCUGCAUCACCCAAAUGUUCUUCCUACAUCUCUUAGGGGUUGCUGAGAUUGUGCUGCUGAUAUCCAUGUCUUUUGAUAGUUACGUGGCUUUAUGUAAGCCUCUAUGUUAUUUAACCAUCAUGAGCCAGAGAACGUGUGUGGGGCUUGUGACUCUUUCCUGGAUUGUUGGCAUCUUCCACACUAGGAGUCAGUUAGCAUUCACUGUGAAUCUGCCCUUCUGUGGACCCAACGAAGUGGAUAGUUUCUUUUUUGAUCUCCCCUUGGUGAUUAAACUCGCCUGCGUAGACACAUACAUUCUGGGAGUGUUCAUGAUCUCAACCAGUGGCAUGAUUGCCCUGGUAUGCUUUCUCCUCUUGGUGAUCUCCUACACAUUCAUCCUGGUCACCAUGAGGCAGCGUUCCUCUGGUGGGUCCUCCAAAGCCCUCUCCACUUGCAGUGCCCACUUCACUGCUGUGACUUUUUUCUUUGGCCCGUGCAUUUUCAUCUGUGUGUGGCCUUUCACAAAUUUUCCAAUAGACAGAGUGCUCUUGGUAUUUUAUACCAUUUUCACUCCCCUCUUGAAUCCAGUAAUCUAUACUCUCAGAAAUAAAGACGUCAAGGAUUCCAUGAGAAAACUUAGCAGCCGUGUCUUUAAGUCUAGGAAGACUGCUCAUACCCCUUGA